GGGACGAAUAUCUAGCGGUUAAAUAGCAGCAAUUCCAGUACCAGUGAUAUUCUCUGCGAAGCACAUCAAGGACCUUCGACCACCUCAGUGAAAACCAUACACAUCAACCAGCUUGGACCAAUUCGAUCAUUACCGCCAUACAUUCUUUCUAUCCAUAUUGCACUGCGAGCAGCUGCAAAACACGUGUUUAUCAGGAUGCGUUUCUCCUACGCCAUCGUUGCCCUCGUUAGCUUGGCCACUGCCUUGCCUACACAAGGUCCCAUCGAGGACAGAAGCCCUUGCUCACCGGAUGAAUGUUACCAAAACGUCCGCACAGUAGUCUUCGAGGAGCGCACGAACAAGCGCAAUCAGACCGUGAGAGCAGUGGCCACAAGUGGUCCUAGGCGGUCGCUUAACUUGGUCGAAGUCGACACUCGGGAUGUUGAGGACAAGGACGUCCAGAAGCGGGUUGACCCGUACCCCCAAAUCGAUGUCCAGGUUCGCGGACAGGCUCGCGGAUUGGGAUACGAGCAGCGCAGAAACACAAGCGCAAGGGCCGUAGACACGAUGGAUCACGCCUCGAAGCAGUCCAGAAACUUGUUCAGGACCGAACGUCUCCAGGAGCGUGGCGAUGGUCUCCAGGUCGAGGAGAGCGCUUGA